CCUGCCCAGUGACGCCGACACGCGGGCGGGCGAGGUGCCGUCGACUGAGGCGGUGAUGCAAGCGGAAGAGGCGACCGAGUCACGCCAUCCGCCGCCUUCUACCUUGACUUUCACCGAGCUCCACACGGCGCUUGGUGAAGCACACGUGGCGGAGGUUAAGCGAUUGACCGCGCUCGUGGAGGAGGCGGCGCAGAAGAACCGGAAGCUGAUUGCUCUGGGCACAGAGGCGCAGGCAAAGGCUCUUGCCGAGGCUCGGGAAGGAUUCGUCAAGGAAUCUUUCUACCGUGAAGCCGAAUUCCGGGCGCAGCAGGCCGAAGAGGCCCGGAAAAGGGCAAAAGCGGAGGUGGCGGAAUUGACGAAGGUCCUGGAGCAGAAGGGCCGGGAACUGGAAGACGUCAUCGCCGAGUACAAGGUAAAGCUGGAGGCCGCGACUGAUGCGUGGGACUCCGCGCGUGGGGCUGCCGCGUCUCUGCGGUAG